AUGUUUUCUAACAUAGAUCACAAAGCUUUGGCAGCACUUCUUCAUGGCCAAGGAUGUGCUAACAACCUCAAGACGCUUCUUGACAACCGCGAAAUAAGUUCUGUCUUGAUAGAGCCAUUGAUCAAUACCAUUCUUGAUUCUUUCUCACUUGCUCUAUCUUUUGUGGAUUCUCCUACCCCUCCACAACUCCUUGAGUCUUCUUCUUGUCAAAACAUGGCAGCUCUUGUGCAUCAAAGAUCGUCAAAGAAGAUUUGUGGGAUAAAAGAUAUGAAGCCUGAGAAUUACAGAGAUCACGAGUCCCCGAAUCCACGACCUGAUGACGGCUUCGCCUGGAGGAAAUAUGGACAAAAGACUAUCAAAACCUCAGUGCACCAAAGGUCUUACUAUCGGUGUGCAUAUGCGAAAGACCGAAACUGCAAUGCUACAAAGCGGGUGCAGAUGAUCAAAGAUAGUCCUCCAGUGUUUAGAACAAGUUAUAUGGGACAACAUACAUGUAAAGCUUUUGAGGUUUAUGAUGAAACGUACGGUUCAGAAAUGAUACAGUUUGACCAAGUUAAGUCUGAACUGGUUAUGCCUACAUCAACUGAUCACCAAGCAAUCACAAUUGAUGACAAGGCCAGAGACCAUACCAUGAACCAAGGAUGUGAUAUUAACGAUUUCUUGGUGGACUAUGACCAGUUUUGGCAGAAUGAGUUUCCUUCAUUUUCAUAUGGAGACACUGUGUUUUCUUGACAACAUUUGCUGUUUUGGUUUAAACAAUAAAACCUAUCAAGCUUUUUUAUGUUAUCAUGGUAGAGACUGAUUGUUUCUUCACUUCUUGUCAUGUCCUUUUUUUAUGUAUGAGAGGAAGUU